UGUCCGUAGCUCGGAGUCGCAAUUCCUAAACCAGUGUUUCCGGGUUGCAUCUGGGGAAAGUCUUUAGCGGUGUUGAAAGUGGAACCAAACCCCAGAGGUAUCAGCUUAGGCAGCAUGGCCUUAUUCCGGUCGGGCCUCCUGGUACUGACGACGCCGCUGGCCUCCCUGGCCCCUCGCCUGGCCCCUAUCCUGACCUCCGCGGCCCAGUUGGUGAAUCACACACUCUACGUACACCUGCAGCCGGGCCUGAGUCUGGAGGGCCCGGCUCAGCCCCAGUCCAGCCCCGUGCAGGCCACGUUUGAGGUUCUCGAUUUCAUCACGCACUUAUAUGCUGGCGCCAACAUGCACACGAACCUGGACAUCAGAAUCCUGCUGACCAAUAUCCGAACCAAGAGCACCUUUCUCCCUCCCCCAGCCAGCUCAGUCCAGAACUUGGCCCACCCGCCGGAGGUGGUGCUGACUGACUUCCAGACCCUGGACAGAAGCCAGUACAACCCGGUUAAGCAGCAACUAGAGCGCUAUGCCACCAGCUGUUACAGUUGUUGUCCGCAACUUUCUUCAGUGCUACUCUACCCCGAUGAUGAGCAUGGAGAGCCGCCCGUGGAGCCCCCGGACAAUCCCUUACCCUCCACCAUUAAGCCAUCCUACCCCGUGGCCAGAUCUCCGAAGCAGCCGGUGCGUGGCUACCGUCGCGGGGCUCUGGGUGGCACGUUUGACCGCCUGCACAACGCCCACAAGGUGUUGCUCAGUGUCGCAUGCGUCCUGGCCCAGGAGCAGCUUGUGGUGGGAGUAGCAGACAAAGACCUGUUGAAGAGCAAGUUGCUCCCUGAGCUGCUCCAGCCCUACGCAGAGCGUGUGGAACAUCUGAGUGAGUUCCUGGUGGACAUCAAGCCCUCCUUGACUUUUGAUAUCAUACCCCUGCUGGACCCCUAUGGGCCUGCUGGCUCUGACCCCUCCCUGGAGUUCCUGGUGGUCAGCGAGGAGACCUAUCGUGGGGGGAUGGCCGUCAACCGCUUCCGCCUUGAGAAUGGCCUGGAAGAGCUUGCAUUGUACCAGAUCCAGCUACUGAAGGACCUAAACCACAAGGAAAAUGAGGAGGACAAAGUCAGCUCCUCCAGCUUCCGCCAGCGAAUGCUGGGAAACCUGCUUCGGCCUCCACAUAAGAGGCCCGAGCUCCCCCCGGGUCUCUAUGUCAUUGGGCUGACAGGCAUCAGUGGCUCUGGGAAGAGCUCAGUAUCUCAGCGGUUGAAGGGCCUGGGGGCAUUCAUCAUCGACAGUGACCAGCUGGGCCAUCGAGCCUACGCCCCAGGUGGUCCUGCCUACCAGCCCGUGUUGGAAACCUUUGGAACAGAUAUUCUCCUUAAAGAUGGCACCAUCAACAGGAAGGUCCUGGGCAGCCGGGUUUUUGGGAACAAGAAGCAGCUGAAGAUGCUCACAGACAUUAUGUGGCCAAUAAUCGCAAAGCUGGCUCGAGAGGAGAUGGACCUGGCUGUGGCUGAGGGAAAGCGUGUCUGCGUGAUUGAAGCCGCCGUACUGCUUGAAGCGGGCUGGCAGAACAUGGUGCAUGAGGUGUGGACCAUUGUCAUCCCUGAGACUGAGGCUGUGAGACGAAUUGUGGAGAGGGACGGCCUGAGUGAGGCCGCAGCUCAAAGCCGGCUGCAGAGCCAGAUGAGUGGGCAGCAGCUUGUGGAUCAGAGCCACGUGGUGCUGAGCACCUUAUGGGAGCCACAUGUCACCCAGCGCCAGGUGGAGGAAGCCUGGGCCCUCCUACAGAAGCGUAUCCACUAGAUGCCAUCAGGCCACGACUGAUAAUGAGUUUUCUGUAGGGCCAGAUGGGCCCCUGGAACUGAAGAGAGAUCCAGUGGUGAGAAGGAAUGGGGGCUUCAAUGCUCACCCUAGAGCUUGGGCCUAGACGGCUCUGAGCUGGGCAUAGCAGGGCAGUGCCUGGUGGACACGGGAAGCCUACCCAGCCUGCUGGUGUUUGGCCAUCACUGAGGAUGUGGUCCAUAGGGGAACAGGCCUCUGGCAUUCCAACCUCGUUCCUGCCUACCCCUGCCUGUAGUACUUGUGGCUGGGGUGGGGGUGGCGGGUCAGGGGAAGGCAAUUACUGGAACUUUUAAUACAAUUAAAAGUGAAUGAUUGUAGGUGC